AUGCACAAGCACCAGCACUGCUGUAAGUGCCCCGAGUGCUACGAGGUGACCCGCCUGGCCGCCCUGCGGCGCCUCGAGCCUCCCAGCUACGGGGACUGGCAGGUACCCGACCCCUACGGGCCAGGUGGGGGCAAUGGAGCCAGUGCCGGUUAUGGGGGCUACAGCUCGCAGACCCUGCCCUCGCAGGCGGGGGCCACCCCCACCCCCCGCACCAAGGCCAAGCUCAUCCCCACCGGCCGGGAUGUGGGACCAGUGCCCCCUAAGCCAGUCCCGGGCAAGAGCACCCCCAAACUCAACGGCAGCGGCCCCAGCUGGUGGCCAGAGUGCACCUGUACAGGCCGGGAUUGGUAUGAGCAGGCUAGCCCUGCAUCCCUCCUAGUGAACCCUGAGGCCCCAGAGCCCAGCCUCUUGGUGAAUGGCAGCGAUGGCAUGUUCAAGUAUGAGGAGAUAGUCCUUGAGCGGGGAAAUUCUGGCCUGGGCUUCAGCAUUGCAGGUGGCAUCGACAACCCCCAUGUCCCCGAUGACCCUGGAAUCUUUAUUACCAAGAUUAUCCCUGGUGGAGCAGCUGCCAUGGAUGGGAGGCUGGGGGUGAAUGACUGUGUGCUGCGGGUGAAUGAAGUGGACGUGUCGGAGGUGGUGCACAGCCGGGCCGUGGAGGCACUGAAGGAGGCUGGCCCUGUGGUGCGGUUGGUGGUACGGAGGCGACAGCCUCCACCAGAGACCAUCAUGGAGGUCAAUCUGCUCAAAGGGCCCAAAGGCCUCGGUUUCAGCAUUGCUGGGGGGAUUGGCAACCAGCACAUCCCAGGAGACAACAGCAUCUACAUCACUAAGAUCAUCGAAGGGGGUGCUGCUCAGAAGGAUGGACGCCUACAGAUCGGGGAUCGGUUGCUGGCGGUGAACAACACCAAUCUGCAGGAUGUGAGGCAUGAGGAAGCUGUGGCCUCACUGAAGAACACGUCUGAUAUGGUCUACCUGAAGGUGGCCAAGCCAGGCAGCCUCCACCUCAACGACAUGUACGCACCCCCCGACUAUGCCAGCACUUUUACUGCCUUGGCUGACAACCACAUAAGCCAUAACUCCAGCCUGGGUUAUCUCGGGGCUGUGGAGAGCAAGGUCAGCUACCCUGCUCCUCCUCAGGUUCCCCCCGCCCGCUACUCUCCUAUCCCCAGGCACAUGCUGGCUGAAGAGGACUUCACCAGGGAGCCCCGCAAGAUCAUCCUGCACAAGGGCUCCACAGGCCUGGGCUUCAACAUCGUUGGGGGUGAGGAUGGAGAAGGCAUUUUUGUCUCCUUCAUCCUGGCAGGAGGCCCAGCUGACCUGAGUGGGGAGCUGCGCAGGGGAGACCGGAUCUUAUCGGUCAAUGGUGUGAACCUGAGGAAUGCAACUCACGAGCAGGCUGCAGCUGCUCUGAAACGGGCUGGCCAGUCAGUCACCAUUGUGGCCCAGUACAGACCUGAAGAGUACAGUCGCUUUGAAUCGAAGAUACAUGACUUGCGAGAACAGAUGAUGAACAGCAGCAUGAGCUCUGGGUCUGGGUCCCUGCGAACAAGUGAGAAGAGGUCCUUGUAUGUCAGAGCCUUGUUUGAUUAUGACCGGACUCGGGACAGCUGCCUGCCAAGCCAAGGUCUCAGCUUCUCCUAUGGUGACAUUCUACACGUCAUUAAUGCAUCUGAUGAUGAGUGGUGGCAGGCGAGACUGGUGACCCCACAUGGAGAAAGUGAGCAAAUCGGUGUGAUCCCCAGUAAGAAGAGGGUGGAAAAGAAAGAAAGGGCUCGAUUGAAAACCGUGAAGUUUCAUGCCAGGACGGGGAUGAUUGAAUCUAACAGGGACUUCCCUGGGUUAAGUGACGAUUAUUAUGGAGCAAAGAACCUGAAGGGAGUGACAUCCAACACCAGUGACAGCGAAAGCAGUUCCAAAGGACAGGAGGAUGCUAUUCUGUCAUAUGAGCCAGUGACACGGCAAGAAAUUCACUAUGCAAGGCCUGUCAUCAUCCUGGGCCCCAUGAAGGACAGAGUCAACGAUGACCUAAUUUCGGAGUUUCCACAUAAAUUUGGAUCCUGUGUACCACAUACUACCCGGCCUCGGCGUGAUAAUGAGGUGGAUGGGCAAGACUACCACUUUGUGGUCUCCCGAGAACAGAUGGAGAAGGAUAUUCAGGACAACAAGUUCAUUGAGGCAGGCCAGUUCAACGACAAUCUCUAUGGGACCAGCAUCCAGUCAGUGAGGGCAGUUGCAGAGAGGGGCAAGCACUGCAUAUUAGAUGUUUCUGGCAAUGCUAUCAAGAGGCUGCAGCAAUCGCAACUUUACCCCAUUGCCAUUUUCAUCAAGCCCAAGUCCAUUGAAGCGCUUAUGGAAAUGAACCGAAGACAGACAUAUGAACAAGCAAAUAAGAUCUAUGACAAAGCCAUGAAACUGGAGCAGGAGUUUGGAGAAUACUUCACAGCCAUUGUACAGGGUGACUCACUGGAAGAGAUUUAUAACAAAAUCAAACAAAUCAUUGAGGACCAGUCUGGGCACUACAUUUGGGUCCCAUCCCCUGAAAAACUCUGAAGAAUCCCCUCCAACCAUUCUCUUGUGAGCAGAAGAAAUCAAGUCCCUCUUCCCUCCUCCCUCUUCAUUCCUGUCCCCACGGGGAGAACAAAUGACUACUGUUCUUGUCCCCUUUUUUAGAUAUGUCCAAAAAUUAAGUUUUCUAGUCCUGUUCUGUUUUUUUAAAUUUUUGUUUUGUUUCAGUUUAAUUUUUGGGAUGAUGCCAUCUCACUCAUCAUGUGACUGUGCCCAUUCCUGCAUGAACCUUUCCCAAGCACUAGCACAGGUGCAAAUCCAUCAGAUUCAUUGUUUUCAUAAAAACCAAGCAGAAGAGAAGAGAGGAGGACUGAUGGAAAGACAGACUGGACAGCUGCGCGGCUUGUGAAGUGAGCCCUUCACACCACAUGAGGAGAGGCUCCCGGGCUUUGCUACGAUCUGUAUGUGGCCUUGCGGCUCAGGACAGCGCGGCGUCAUGGCGACAGAAAGUAUCUUAUUUAUAUAUAGAUAUAUAUAUGUAAUUUAUAUAAAAUAUAUAGAAAUUAUUAUAUAUAUAUAUUAUACUCUCUCAUAUAAUAUAUAUAUAUAUUCACACGCAUUUGGACUAGAAAAUCUAUGGAGACUUCAUCAAUGGUACUGUGUUAUUAGAGAAAUGCUUUAAUUUUCAUAUUCUAAUCAGAUGGCAUCUUAUAUCCCAAUUGGUUGGGGAGGAAGUGAAAGUGGUAGUAAGUGCUGGACUGAGGGCACCCACAUUGGUCAUUCUCUUGAGAGCUAGGCACUAGGAGGGAUCAGCCAGAGGACAGUAAGAAAGGGCUUUUGCCCGGGGGUCAGAUGCUUGGAGCCAUGACCCUAGAGCCGAUGCUGCCCUCGGGGCAAGUCAGGCCCACGUGUGGGGAGCCAGAGAAUGGCUAACGGUGCUCCCGCCAUAUUAAAUCGCCGAUUGUUUUAUGCCACCUGAUGUGUCUGCAUGAGAGGUUUCCUUUUUGUUCAUUUUUAAGCUGCUGUUAAACCAAAACCAUGUUGUGCUACUGUGUCAGCCUUUUCAUUCUUCCAAAUUUUACUUUUACUAUUUAAGUGAAUGCGUAGAAUCCAAUUUGACUGUGUUCUAAAGGCUCAUAAUGUUCUGGAAGAGCCGGACCUCGUGAUAGACUACGUGACCCGGGUUGGGCUGUCCCAUCAGCAGAAGGGGGAGCAGGUGAGAACUGACAGGAGCCGGGGCUCCUAUUGUAAUGUGUCCCUUCGCUCACCUGCCAGGGAUGUGCUGGGCUCAGCUGAGGCCCUGUCAUGGGGCCCACUGGCAGGGGUGGGGAGUCACUUGCUGUCCAGCCCUGUGCUGGGACAGUGGGAGAGCCCUGAGCUUGGCCAGCCGCGUGAUGAGAAGUUUGAUUUGGGUUUUUUCCACAGCUGCUUCAUAUGCCCUACCUACCCCACCCCCUCAGUAAAAGCUGGUAGCUUACUGUUUCUUCAAGAAGAAAGUAGACUUUUAAUGCUGUCAGUUUGAGCUAUAGAGCUAAGAUUCACUUACUGUUGAGAUGUGAAGCUUUGUUGCUUUUUCCCAGAGUCAUACGGCAGUGAUUGUGGUCAAGGGACUUUUUUUCUCUGACCACAAAUGCAGGUGGCAGGUAUGGCUCAGGCCCCAUGCCACCCUACUGUGCUCCUUUGAAGCCACCAUGCCUCCCUCAGCUCCACACUGGAGGCACAACACAGGGGAGAAGAGAGUGGAUAUGCUCAACCCUAGGGUUGAGUCUGUUGUUUCCUAGCCCGCUGUGUCACAACCACUGCAAACAACAUGUGUUGAAGAUGCUUUGAGUGCUACCAUCCAAACUUAGGGAAUCUGUUAACAGUUCUCCUACCAACAUGACAAGGCUAAGUGUAAAGUCUGGGGCCCAGAGUGUGGGUGAAGAAAGGGUGGCAGCUUUCCCUGGGCAGUGCACUGGAUUGAAGGCAGGAGGGGUGAAGUGGUGGCCGAUGAUGACUCUGGUGAGGAGGGGGUAAGCUGGGAAUGUUGUUGAUUUCUCUGAUGUGAAGUGAUGUAGUCUGAAUGAUGCUCAACCCUCUACCCCUCCCAGGGAAGAAAAGCAGAGAUUCAAAGCAAGCAUGACACUAGUUGGUUGACCAGUGUUCCUUCCAAGGAGACAUAUAUUUUUUAAUAAAUGAUAGUUGCGAUGAA